UCACCGCAUACCGUCACCGCACAGCCGAGUAGCACUUGCAGCACUAUAAACAUCUGUUGAGGCUACAUGCAGCCGCUCGUCCAAUUCUGUUGCCCUUAGAAAGGGCAGAUUGUAGGUUGCAAUUGCACACACGGAUUUGACGGGGCCGUUCACAACCUUGACUCUAGGUCUGUGUUAACUGAAAAUUCUGCGAGUGCCUUGAUGGCUUAGUUCGUUAGUAUUACGUGUGAACACUAGGAGCUUUCCACCCUCCCAGGGAAGGGAGGAGGAAAGCCCCGGCUUCCAUGGGUAACGGCUUCCAUGGGUAAAAUGAAAGCUUUCCGCCUAUGUUUAUCAAUCAGUAUUUGUUAGAAAAAAGAAAAAGAAAGCUGAUAAUGUCUUUUUUAAAGAAGAACGAGAAGUGCUGUGAAUUCUUCAAAAACAAGAAAACAUAACACGCUAGGACUUAAAUACACGACACAAGACAGAAUCAGAGACGACAAGAAAUGCAACUGAGCUUACGAAAUUAUAAAGUUUCGCAAAGGUUGCUUUUCCCACCAGACAUAAAGAGCGAACGCAGUCAGCGGUAUACGUGGCGCCCUCUGUUAUCCAGCAGGCGAAGUAAACUAGCAAUUUGGCGAGUACCAGCGGCACCGACCAGGGUAGCCUACGAUUGGUAGUGACCUUGUUUGGCAUAUGAGUGUGCCCGCCUGCUGCCGCUACCUGUCGCCACAAAAAUGAAAAGACCAGGAAGGUGACACAAUGACAUCUGCUAUCCUUGGAAGAUAGCUUGAGGGCUUAUUCUUGACUGGGAGGUGCUGUCUCGCUCGUCAGAAGGAGGCAAUCCUUAGGCAAGGAAAAUGAAUAAUCGAGAAAUGCUUGCAAAAACGGUCCUCAACAAUGUGUCCUCAAGACAAGUUACAAGUCGCCCUGAGCAUCGCCUGCCACCUUCUGGCACUUCAUUUUCAAGCACACCUGUUCCAACUCAGUUGACUCGGAAUAGUCACGUGACUGUCACGUUGGAUGGCACAUCAAGCGCACGAAACUUGUUGCAACAACAUACUCGACCAUACUUUGACUCACUUCUUCGACGUCAGCUGAACAAAUCUGCCAUGGGCCCAGCAGCAGCAGUAGGAGCACCAUCAGCAGCAUCCAGCAAGGGCCAGCCAUUAGCCCCUGAGAGGAGCCUACUUGCCCAGCACUUAGCUCAGAGAAAUAGUGAGCCAAAUGGUGUGGAGCUAGCCCCCACUGAAAGAGUGCGCGUAUUGAAAACAUCGGGUGGGACAGUAACAGUGCGCUCGCUCAGCCCUGUGGCUGUGCCCAUCAGGGUACAUGCAGAACAAGCCAGAGCACCUUAUAGCACAUUGCAGACUGAACCACCUAGGGCACCUCCCCGUAGCAUAGAGCAUGGUGUUGCCAGCGUCCCCUUGCAGAGGAGAGCACCACCAUCAUCGCCCAUCGUAAGUGCACCUGUUGCGGUACCGCGCAGAAUAUUGCCCAAGCCCGUGCAUAGCCUGGCCUUCAUGGCCAAUGGGAGCCGUACACAUCAGAAUUCAUCCGUGGUCUCUGUUCAGGAUGCAACCUCGAGAGUGAGGUAUGUGGAUGCGCCUGUUCAUGCCAGUCCAAAUGAUGUAAUCACUGGUCUGAAGAAUAUGGCGGUAGUUCACCCUCAGGUACGACCUGCCAUGUCUGUUAAGCCCAUCGCUGCUGAUGAAUUAGCCAAAGAUGUGCAGCUGUCAAAGACAACCCUUCAAAAUAUGGCCGCCAGCGUGGCACAGAAAAUGACACAGUCAAGCACCACAGAAGUAGCUUCUGCUGCUGAGCACAGGACUCUUUUAGAGCCAAACCGUGUCGUGCCAGUGUCAAUCCAGCGAAGUGUUCCCGAACCUGUACAGCGUGUAGGAGAAGAUGAAGGCAGGAAGUCGAAAAUGAUCAUUGUGGACCUCACAGAACCCACAGAAACUUCUCCAGCAGCUAAGCAGGAUUCAUCAGCCAUGAGCGCACGAGCUGAGAUGAGGUUGUCAACACCUCCUACUGCGACAGAUGAACCGCUUCAGUUGGAGGCGGGUUGCCUCCAAGUGCCAUCGGGCCUCAAAGUGGACUUUAUCAACUUAGACGACUUGUUAAUAGGCGACCUAAGCUAUCUAGCCAAGUACUUUGGCCUGAGCAUACUGGAGCCCCUGUCUAUGGAUGAUAUUGCCAACAAGGGACUGUCAGAGUGGAUAGAUAUCGCGGAUGAAGCCGAGGUGGAAAGGACAUUUGUAGAGUUGAAGGCCCUAAAUGGGAGCCCUGGUCAGCAUCUUUGCUGGGCUAAUCAAAUGACACCAGAAAGUUCAGACGUUGCGUAUCCCAUUAUAGUUCCUGAAUAUGAAGAGCUUACCACUAGCCUCCCAGCUGAUGUCACAAAAUCUGCAUCAACAACAACAGUGGAAACAGCUGAUGGAAAGGCUUCCCCUGCAGGAGCUAGCCGCAGUCCAAGGGGCACCAAGGAAGGCACAGCCAAGAGCCCUCUCAUCUUGAUCAUCAAGAAGGGAGCCAACAGCAGUGCUUCAAGUCCAGCAUGGCAACUGUCUCCAUGCAAGAGUAGCACUGCAAAGGAGGAAAAAGAGGAGUCCAAGAUGCUUUUCUGCAAUGCACUGAACCUACUGCCAAGUUCAGGGGAACAGCUGAAGAAGAUGCGCAAGGGCAAGUCGGCCCGUGCACUGGCUGUGCUGAAAGACAAAGUGAUGUCGGAGUACCUCAAGAACCACUUCGUGCCACUGAACCGUGUGCAGGGCAUGUACCGGUAUUUGUUCAAGAAGGGCCACUUACGGGAGGGCAAGCUGACGUAUGCCUGUGAGGUUUAUCGGAACCUGCGAAGCCGAGAGAACCGGCCAAGGGCGUCUCUGGUCAUGUCACGGUAUGACGAUGAGGACUUCAUUCCCAAAAAGAAUCAAUCGUCAUCUCCGGGCCUUCUUUGGCACUUGAAGAAGAAGAAGAAAGUUACUUCGAAAUAUGAAAUGGACGAUGAUUACGUCCCGAGGAAAGGUCAAGUCAAUGGCCAGAAACUUCGGCGCAGCCUGUGGGGCCGGCCAAAAGGUUCCUGGAGGACGGCAGCAGCUAACAGCGAUGCUAGCAGCAACAGCAGCAGCCCAUCUGUUGAAAUAGCUGCAUCCAGUCUAGCAGAACUCGAAGGUUGUUGCAUGACGCCGCUGUACAAGCUGGAAGCAGGCAACUGGACUCCCAAGUGUUCCGCAGACGACUCUAGUCGAUGGGACAUCUGGGUCUCUGAGAACUCUCUCGAGAGCAAGAUGUCGCGUCCCAUUCCAAUGGUGGUCCUGACCAGGAUUGAAGACUGUGAUGCAGAUGCUUCAGGGACUUCCAAGGUUGAGUCGCCACAGCACACGGUGGUGUCCGAGUUGUUCUGCAGCCAGUGUUCCUACAGCUGUCUCAACAAACCUUCCUUGGUGAACCACUUCUCUUCGAAGCACAAGGAAACAGACAUCUCCUUUAGGACUGUGGUCAUGAAGUGCCGCAUAAACAAGACUGCCCCUGCUGCUAAAGGUCCAUCUACAUGACUGCCAGAAAGGAAAAAGGCAAUAUCUUGGUGCGACCACGCAGCGAAUGAGCCAUGGCACGACUCUUGCUGACACGCCUUUUCCUGGUGCUCGUGGAACAGGCAUCCGAGCUGCCUGUUGUGUUCCACUACACUGCCAGUUAAUUAUUUAUGACAAAGUGACUGUCAGUCUGUGGGAUGUGUGUGUCUGCUGCGAGAGAAGCACUGUAGUAUAUACGUGUUGCUGUUGUUUCUUCAACGCUGUUUAAGCGAUCACUUCAAACGUAUAUUUUGAGUGAUAACAAUUUUCACGAUCUUGCAGGCGUAUUUUCUACGGUAACGAAUAUAAGUAAUGCGAUCUUUAUUUAACAUGUACGCUUUAGCUGUUUUGUAUCUUUGUAGAAUGCUGUUACAAUAUUCAAGUUCCCCUGUUCGAUUAUAGUACUGUGGCAAAAGCUACCGUGUUGGCAAUAAGUGUUGUAGUAUGUGGUAAAUAGCUGUUGCUUCAAGACUCAUCAAAUGUUGUGCAGAGCGAAUUGAAAUGCUCUGACACAGCAUGAAUUGUAUAAUAGUACCGUAUCAAUUGUUCAACCAUUUCAAGCGUUUUAUGUAUGUGAAACCUAUCAUCCCCGUUGUGGCAUCUUCAGCCAAAAGAACAUUAUUAGUGCAUCUUGAGUGAAAUGCACUUGUGUCACAUGCAAUUGGCUAUUAGCAUGGAAAUGCACAUUCUUAUAGAAAAGAUCAUAUGGCUGUGCUCUUCAGUCUUGCAAUAUACUGCCUUAUAUAGAACUUUUUCCUUUCUUUUCCCUUUUUACUUUAACUGGUGCUAGUAAACAUUUAAAUGGGCCAGCCAUUUAAGUGGGCAGAAAAUGAGCAGGUUUGUGUAAAAGGAGGCGAGGCAAGGGUAUUGGCGAGUCUGGCACUCACCGUCUGGUGAUAAAAUUAUCAUCAGUUCUAACGAUUUCACGCAAGUAAACGUUGAGCUGAAGUUGUGUACUCAUUGUUUGGCUAACAUACUGCAUUUGCAUGAAUAUAUUAGGAAUGACUUUUCAGCAGUUUGAAAAAUAAAAAUGAUAAUAAAUAUGGUUAAGAGUGGACUAAUACCCCUAUCGCAUGGGCAGCUGGGAGCUCCUCUGAGAUAACGGAGCAUGAGAGUUUUGAAUGGUGUUCUGCAUCACAGCAGUCGCAGUUGGGUCUCGCUACCUCUUACUUUUAUCGGAUGCUGUCAGGGGACUGUUAUGUGCUGUUUGGCUUAUAUGUGAGAGAUAAAAGAAAUCACUUUAAAGUAUGAAAAGUGAUCUUGGAUUUUUCUUUUAUUUUAGCAAAUAACCUGUAACCUCAAUGGCAAAAGUUAUCACAAUAGUUUAUUAAAAAAUAUGCAGUGUAUCAGCAGUUGUGGCCACCCAGUAUUUCUUUAUGAUCAGAUGGCCCAACAAGAACGACAAUUUAACCAUGACAAUAGCAUUGUGUUAUGCUUAUUAUCUCCCAUCUGUUCCUAAUUAUCUUUCCAAAGUUGGAAAGAAACCCUUCUCUCUCUUUUUCUGAUAAAGCAAAAUGGGCAUGCCUCAGUGGCCCACUGGUAUGUGGUGCAUAAACAUGCUGCACAAAUUGUUGGGGGACAACAUUAUAUGAAAGGUAUAAAGUUUACCACAAAGGUCAAACUGUUAUGAAGAGAACUUCAUAAAAGUUCAAUAAAACAUAAAUGCACUUAGCAAAUCAGAGUGAGGAUAGGAUGCAGCUGUCCAAAUAGCCACACCCAAGUGGGGCCAGCAGCCAAGCUCUGCAGGCAUGCUCUUGACGUGCAGAUUCAGAGAGUUCUGGGCACAAAUUGUUGAAAGAGUUACUGAACUUUAUCCAAGCAAAAAAAAUUAUCUUAGUUGCAUGUGCAAGUAAAUUUAUUUAAACUGCGCUUGGUUCACAUAUCACUGGAGCACGCUGGGUACGACAAAAUGCCCCUCACUUAUCAAGGAAGCUUGCUGAACUCCCUCCACCAAAAACAGAAUGACACCUACAUGAUAGCACAUACAUUGCCUCCAUUUCGUUUGAGCUGACAUAUAUGUUAGUUGGCAACCAUGCAAAAGCUUUGUAAAUACAAAAAUGCAACCAUAGUUGGAGGCUUAUGAGAGCCUGUAUGUGCCUAAAGGCAAGUUAUUUUAUGUAGUGUCACUGCUAACGUCCUCCUUAUGGGCUGUGAGCCAAUCUAUUCAUGCUAUUCUUGGUAAACUGAGGUGGUUCUCUUAAGCAAAAACACAUGGACAAGUGCAGUUAGUCUGGAGGAUGUCAUGUGGUAACAAAAUCUCUCAUCUUUAACUGUAUCAGUCAAGUUUAAACAGGCAAGAACUGACUGCAACAUUGUAUUAGACUAGCAGGCCCCAUUUGCAGUUCAAGGUGAUGACCAUUCUUUGGUCCAUGGUUGGCUUCUCAUGAGUUGGUGGCAUUUUAAGAAUGCAGAGGAGGUUCUAUUCGAACAGGUUGAUGUGCCUGCGUUUUAUCACUCUGUACUUAAAGAAAUGGUUCUCUUGCAAAGGUCGCACUGGCAGAUAAGUGAAAGUGCCUGAGCAGUUGAGCAACAAUGAGCACACCAUGGCCGUAUACCACAUGCACAAACAGCUGAGAUCGGCAGGUGUGAGGACCGAGAAGUCGGCUCACAGACUAACAUAUUGUUCAAACAGACUUUAGUGCGUGUCAUCAGUAGCUCACAUGCAGAUGGUUCUUUUGAAAAGGUUUAAGACAAAUUUUCCUGUGUUCCUGUCCAUAGAAUUUUCUCACUCAGAACAGCACCUGAAUGAGGCUUUAAAAAAUUGCAUUUAUAGCACGGUUAAAACACGUUGGCGGGCUAGUUGGUUAGAAUCCAUGGUAGAGUGUAUAAGCACGACUGAACGAGGACG